UGCAAAGAUUGUGAAGAAGGAGAGGGGUUGAUCCGGUGUUUGUCUUGCUCAGGAACACAUGCUUGGUGUCCUUCUUGUGUUGUUAAAACUCAUCAACACAACCCCUUCCACAACCUUCAACUCUGGAAUGGCAGGUUCUAUGAGACUACUACCCUGCAGGCUCAAGGGUAUAUAAUGUAUCUUGGCCAUGGGGGGGAACCAUGCCCCAAUAUCUCACAUCAGCCAGACCCAUCUCCCUGGGAAGAUCUUGGGGCCAUGGAAGAUGUGUUUGCACAGGAGGAGGGGGAUACAAUUAAUGAUACGCAGUUAGGAGUAUCUAACCUGGUCAUUGUGUACUCUACUGGUGUUUACUCACACAGUGUAUCAUGGUGCCAGUGUCCUGGAGCUGAGAAGGCACGGCAUCUCCAUCUCAUGAAAGCAAGGUUAUUUCCUGCCAGUAUCACUCGCCCUCAAUCUGCUUUCACAUUCGAUAGUCCUGGAAUAACUUCCUCAUAG